AAUUCAAAAGAUCUUCGUGCUGCAGAGUGUCUGAUGUUAGAGAGGGCCAAAUUGAACUCCCGGCAAGAGUAGCCAUGUCCACAUUAUCCCUUACUUCUUCGUGGUAUCCUUCCAAUUCAACCUUCCUACCUUCUUCAUCUUCCAUAACCCACUUUCUCUCUUCUUCACCAUACCCAAAACUCCGUUCACCUACAGGAUCUUUCUCCAACCGAACUCCAAACACCAUAUUUUGCUGUUCCUUCAAAACCCAGAAAUGGGUAACCCCUUUGUUAACCGCUGGCAUUGCUAUGGCUUUGGUGGGUCCCUCCAUUGCAGUUGAGUCGCCGUCAUUGUUGUCUUCAAUUCAAAUUCAGGAGCCCUCAAAUGCCCUCUCUCUGCCCACCUGGGCUGUCCACGUGUCUAGUGUUGCUGAAUGGGUGAUAGCAAUGACUUUGGUAUGGAAAUAUGGCGAGAAGCCUGGAAAUGAAUCUUGGAAAGGUCUGUCUUGGGGAAUGGUACCCUUACUUGGCGGAGCAAUGUGCGCUUGUACAUGGCAUUUCUUUUACAAUGCGGAGUCACUUGAGGUACUUGUGGCACUUCAAGCUGCACUGACUGUGCUUGGUAAUGCCACUAUGUGUAUUGCUGCAUUCCGCAUAUAUAAGUCACAAAGCCGCUCAGAGAAUCUGUGAAAUUUCUAUGGAAGAACCUAUCUUAGAUUGAAGUGCAGGGAUUGGGCGUGAGAUAGAAAUUGCAGAGCUGCUCGGAGAAUCUAUGGGGUUUCUUGAACGGAACCAACCUUUUUCAUAUGUUGUGCAAGGUUUGGAUAUGAGGUACUUUCUUCUCCUUUAUCAGUAAGACUUGUUUUUCCUGUAAUUUAAGAUACAAUAUUACCAUCCACCCACCAAUCUUAAUUUUGUGGUAAGGAAAGGAACAUACUUGUUCCCUUCAUGGAUAGUUACUGUUAUAUGUUAAUCUAGAGGUAGGAUGUUAGAAACUUGUAAAAUUGCUAUAUUUUGGAUGAAUUGACAGAUUGAGUUUUUUAUGGGUGAUGCCAUAUUGUAGCAUGAUUUUUUUUUCUUCUUUGAUUCAAAA